AUGUCGAACGAUACGGAUUAUACGAACUUCGUAAUAAACAACAUUGAAAACGUCCUAUCCGAGCUUCUUACUAAUCCAUUUCAACCGAUAUUUGAGAAUUUUUGGAACGAAAUGUUAAGGAAAUAUUCGAAAUAUACUAUUGCUGUUUACGGCUCUUUGAUAGUUCAUGAGGUUGUAUACUUUGGCUUGUGCUUGCCGUCAUUUCUCUUUCAAUUCAUUCCGUUCAUGAGGAGGUUCAAAAUUCAAAAGGAUAAGCCUGAGACGUUUGAAAAUCAGUGGAAAUGCUUGAAACUGCUACUAUUCAAUCAUUUCGUUGUUCAGCAUCCGAUAAAUCACGUGAUGAGCCGAUUUAAUGCGAAAUCAAGCAAGAUAUUUGGCAGCUUUUUAGACUUCGCAUUGAGGAAUGGUUUACACGGUGUGAAGCAGAUAGUUGUGGGAUGUACUAAUCACUAUUCAUCUAAGAGGAGCGAGUUAAUCCACCGCUGUACAACGACACUCCACUUCAAUGAAGGAUUCUAA